CACACACACACAGAGAGCGAGAGAUAGGGGGAAAGCAGAUAGUGAACGAGAAGAACUCCCCGGUUGUCUGGGGCACUAAGCUGUGAAGUUGGCCGUUGCUAAAGGCAUUCCUUGUGUUGCGUCACACCUGAUUGUUGGCAGUUCUUCGAGGGGUCCUGCAGUGUAACGGCGCAGUGACGACCUUCCAGGCCCUCCCUCCCAUCUCUCAUGGACAAACACAAGGUGAAGAGGCAACGCCUGGAUCGCAUAUUUGAAGGCAUUCGACCUCCAAUCAUGAACGGGCCCAUGCACCCCCGCCCCCUGGUGGCGCUGCUGGAUGGUCGGGACUGCACGGUGGAGAUGCCCGUUCUCAAAGACGUAGCCACCGUGGCAUUCUGUGAUGCACAGUCCACGCAGGAAAUCCAUGAAAAGGUACUGAAUGAAGCAGUGGGGGCGUUAAUGUAUCACACCAUCACAUUAACACGGGAAGACUUGGAAAAAUUCAAAGCACUUAGAAUAAUAGUCCGAAUCGGCAGUGGGUUUGAUAACAUCGACAUCAAGUCUGCUGGAGACUUAGGGAUCGCGGUAUGCAACAUGCCCGCUGCCUCAGUGGAGGAGACGGCUGACUCGACCACAUGUCACAUCCUGAACCUGUACAGACGGACCACCUGGCUGCACCAGGCCCUGCGGGAGGGCACACGGGUGCAGAGCGUGGAGCAGAUCAGGGAGGUGGCAUCGGGGGCUGCGCGCAUCCGAGGAGAGACGCUCGGGAUCAUCGGCCUGGGCCGUGUCGGACAGGCAGUUGCACUGAGAGCCAAAGCGUUUGGCUUCAACGUGAUCUUCUACGACCCGUACCUCUCCGAUGGCAUGGAGCGGGCGCUGGGCCUCCAGCGAGUCAACACCUUGCAGGACCUGCUGUUUCACAGCGACUGCGUGACGCUGCACUGCAGUCUGAAUGAGCACAACCACCACCUCAUCAACGACUUCACCAUCAAACAGAUGCGGCAGGGUGCGUUCCUGGUGAACACAGCUCGGGGAGGACUGGUCGAUGAGAAGGCUCUGGCUCAGGCCCUGAAGGAGGGGAGGAUACGAGGGGCAGCUCUGGAUGUCCAUGAAACGGAGCCCUUCAGUUUUAGCCAAGGUCCUCUGAAGGAUGCUCCAAACCUGAUCUGCACUCCCCACGCAGCGUGGUACAGUGAACAAGCCUCCAUCGAAAUGAGGGAAGAGGCGGCGAGGGAGAUCCGCAGGGCUGUUACAGGUCGCAUUCCAGACAGCCUGAAAAACUGUGUCAAUAAAGACUUCCUGACUCAAGCCACGCACUGGGCCAGCAUGGAUCCUGCAGUUGUACACCCAGAGCUCAAUGGAGCAUACAGGUACCCUCCUGGUGUUGUGAGUCUGGCCCCCGCCGGACUCCCCUCAGCUGUAGAAGGAAUCGUCCCCAGCGCCAUGCCUUUAUCACACGGCCUUCCCACCGUAGCCCACCCCCCACACGCCCCCUCCCCGGGCCAGACCGGGAAGCCAGAAGCCGACAGAGAGCAGCACCCCAGCGACCAAUUGUAGCCCGCGAAGCCCCAUUGAAGAGACGGUGGGGGACAACCUGGAUUUCAAACAGCAGUGGUGAAACAAUGAACUUAUGGGAGUCAAUUUAUGAUUUUAGAAACUGGUCCAGUAACAUGAAGACAAAGGUUUUUUGGGAGAAGAAAAAAAAAACGAAGAAAAAAAUAUUUUCCUGCGUAAUAAAUUGUAGUUUGUCCCUGUCCAGUGGACUGAUUUAACUGUUUCUGUGUCCUAUGGGUUCCUUGUUAAGCAAGAGAAGUUAUAGUAGUUAAUUAUAUCAUGAAUGUAAUAUGUCUGUGUACAGUUUUUAGAGCAUUAUAAAGGGUUUGUUUGCUUAAUGGUCAAACAGAAAAAAAGGGAGGCAUUCAAUCAUUGAGGACAGCAACAACAACAACAAAAAAUCUUUCUUUUAUAUGAUUAAAAACACGCCCAGAAAGAGGCAUUUUUGGAAAUUUUCUCAGGAAAUUAAAUUUUUCCCCACUUAUAUUUCUUUAUAUGCCACACAGUGCAUUGUUUUUGUAUCUGCUUGUCUUUUUUUUUUUUAGACUCAUUUAGGCACAAAAAAGGGA